ACGGAUUCCGUGACUGACGGUGCCAUUCACAGCCAAAGCAAUAGCAUCACCAAAAAUUUCUUUUCCCUUCUCCCAACUUUACACCAAAGUCGCAGUACACGAGAUCACUACACACAAGAAGCAUUGGUCAACAGACAAUGCACCUAAUAAUUUGUUCUAACUUCUAAGGCAGUGGGAAUCAAGAAACAGAUGAUGUGAGUGAUUGCUGGCAAUGGUAAUGGAAGUUUCAAGUCCACUGAAGAAAACUAAAUGGGUUUUUCCUCUAGUCUUAACCUCUUCGAUCAUCAUAUUCUUCUUGACACUCUUUUCUGCAAAUCCAUUUCAAAGGAACUUGGCAAAGACCCGUAAAGCUCCGGACUUUGUCGAAUCCAAGCUGCGCCCAUCCCACACCCAGCCCAGCUCGAGAAUACCCAGACUGGCCUACUUGAUCUCUGGAUCAAAUGGGGAUGGGGAGAGGUUGAAGAGGACAUUGAAGGCUCUUUAUCACCCACUGAACCAGUAUGUGCUUCACCUGGACUUGGAAGCACCUGCUGAGGAGAGGGUGGAGCUGGUGAGGUUUGUAAGGAGUGAGGCUUUGUUUAUGGAGGUUGGGAAUGUAAGGGUUGUUGAAAAGUCUAACUUAGUCACUUACAGAGGCCCUACUAUGGUCACUAACACUCUUCAUGCUGCUGCUAUUUUGCUCAAACAUGGAGGUGAUUGGGAUUGGUUUAUCAAUUUGAGUGCCUCUGAUUACCCUUUGAUCACUCAAGAUGAUAUGCUUCACACUCUUUCUACCAUUCCAAGGCAUCUUAAUUUUAUCGAGCAUACCAGUGACAUUGGAUGGAAAGAGGAACUAAGAGCCAAGCCUUUAGUAAUUGAUCCAGCUUUCUAUAGCCAGAACAAAUCAGAUCUCCUCUCGCUCACAGUAAAAAGAAGUUUGCCUUCUGCCUAUAAACUUUUCACAGGCUCUGCUUGGAUGAUGCUAUCUCGGCCCUUUGUGGAAUACUGUAUUUGGGGGUGGGACAACCUCCCAAGGAUAUUGUUGAUGUAUUACGCCAACUUUGUUUCGUCCCCUGAAGGGUAUUUCCAUACAGUGAUAUGCAAUGCAGACAAAUUCAAGAACACCACUGUGAACCAUGACUUGCACUAUAUAUCAUGGGACAACCCCCCGAAACAACACCCGCGUUACAUCACUCACGAUGACUACCCAAAAAUGGUGGAGAGCAAUGCACCAUUUGCCAGAAAAUUUUACAGGAAUGACACGUUGCUUGAUAAGAUUGACUCUGAAUUUCUUGGUCGCAAACCUGGUGGUUAUGUGCCUGGUAGUUGGUUUGAUGGAGGGGACGCAAAUACAAAUGCCUCAGUUUACACUACUGUAAAUAUAACAUUGUUGAGACCUGGGCCUGGUGCCAAGAGACUCAAUAAUCUCAUAUCUGCGCUGUUGACGGACAAGGAUUUUGACAGUAAGCACUGUGUCUAGUGCCUGACAGAAGUAACUCAAGUAAGUUAAUAUAGCCUUACUCGUCAUUGAGCAAUGUAUCACUUUGAUCAUUGAUUUAUGCCCGAUAAAGGCACUUAUGAAAUAAUCAUGGCCUGGUUCAUGAUCACUCUGCUAGUUAGGAUAAAGUAGGAACAAAAAUUUGUAUACGCUUUUUUUAAAUAUCUUUAUACGAUAGAGCUUUUUAAACGGGUUUUCCCGUUUAGCAUUGCUGUUAUAUACUCCACAUCUUACAGUACAGACUGUAUCAGUAGAAAAAUAGAUGUGAUGGUACUUUGUGUUGGGAAUUAAAAGGUUAGAUAUUCAAUUUUGUUUACUAAUAAAAUUGCCAAACAGGCCUUGAGAGGCAGCUAUGAUGGCAUCUAUUCUGUAAGAGGAUGUCUUUGUGUUGGCUUCAUUAUGAUGAUAAUUUGCAUAAACACUGAUGAUUUACAGCAUUGGGAAUCCUUUUAUUGCAAUCUUCUACAUGAAGUUCUCAUACAAAUGCUUCUGCUGUGCCUCAGAAAUGAAUCCACACUCUUCAAUUCUAAUAAUGAUAGAUUAGAUGGAUUUAGACAUUUAGUUGUGCAUAAUGGACUAUUAUUAUUAUAUUAUGGAGCCGAAUUAUGUUGUACUUAGGUUGCCCUCGAUCCAGAGGGUGAAAAGCCAAUUUUGUGGUUUUCACCACAAAUAUGUUGCAAACCGUGUAUUUAAGGGUGUAAAAGUGGGUUGGGAAUUAAGGGUGUAAUGUGGUAAAGGGUCAAAUGGGCCCUUGUACCCGUUCAGAAUGCUCAAUUCGCCCUCUAAACUGUAAAAAGC